GUUAGACCGGACCGGAGGAAGGACAACUGAACUACGCAGACGUCCAAUGCGCCGCCCUUCAACCAACACAUUGAUACCAAACCGUUCACUCAAGCCGCCGUCCGGCCACCAUGGAUUCAGUGUCGUGCUCCUCCUUGUUGUGGUUCCGGAAGGGCCUGCGCAUCCACGACAACCCGGCCCUCCGCCACGCAGCUCGAGGCGCGAGCAAUUGCUUCCCGGUCUUUGUGAUUGACCCCCAUUACAUGGAGCCAGACCCGUCCGCUUUCUCGCCCGGUUCCUCUCUGGCCGGAUUGAACCGUAUCCGUUUCUUGCUGGAGAGCCUCGCCGAUCUCGACUCCAGCCUCAGGAACCUCGGCUCGCGCCUAUUAAUACUCCGGGGAGACCCCAGCCAAGUCCUCAUUCGUUGUCUCAGGGAGUGGAGCAUAACCAAGCUAUGCUUUGAGUAUGACACAGACCCUUAUUACCAGGGGUUAGAUGCUAAAGUAAAGAACUAUGCAUCUACAGCUGGGAUAGAGGUUUUCACUCCUGUGAGUCAUACACUCUUUAACCCUGCAGACAUUAUAAAGAAGAAUGGAGGGAGGCCGCCUCUGACUUACCAAACGUUUCUUAAACUGGCCGGGACACCAUCUUGGGAUUCAACUCCUUUGCCAACAUUGUCUGUGUCUUCGCUUCCUCCGAUUGGGAACUUGGGGAGUCUUGAAGUCUCAACUGUCCCAUCUCUAGAAGAGCUUGGCUAUAUUGAUACCAGCGAGGAUGAGAGGACGCCUUUUAGAGGCGGUGAAUUAGAAGCAUUGAGGAGGUUGAGAGAGUCAAUUGCAGAUACGGAAUGGGUAGCAGGUUUUGAGAAGCCCAAGGGCAAUCCAGCUGCCUUUUUAAGGCCUGCCACAACUGUCUUAUCACCAUAUCUAAAAUUUGGUUGUCUCUCUUCUAGAUAUUUCUACCAACAGAUUCAGGAAGUUCUACGAUCUGUUAAUAAAAGGCAUACAUCUCCACCGGUAUCUCUCCUCGGACAGUUGUUUUGGAGGGAUUUCUUCUACACAGCUGCUUUUGGAACUCCUAGUUUUGAUCGUAUGAGGGGCAAUACAAUAUGCAAACAGAUACCUUGGAAGGACAAUGAUGAAUUGCUAGCUGCUUGGAGAGUUGCUAAAACAGGAUUUCCUUGGAUUGAUGCCAUAAUGGUCCAGCUAAGGAAGUGGGGUUGGAUGCACCAUCUGGCAAGGCAUUCUGUUGCAUGCUUUCUGACUCGCGGAGAUCUGUUCGUCCAUUGGGAGAAAGGACGCGAUGUUUUCCAGAGACUACUAAUUGACUCUGAUUGGGCAAUCAACAAUGGGAACUGGUUGUGGCUCUCUUGCUCUUCAUUUUUCUACAAGUACCACCACAUUUAUUCUCCUAUUUCAUUUGGGAAGAAGUAUGAUCCUAAUGGGGAGUAUAUAAAGCAUUUUCUCCCCGUAUUAAGAGACAUGCCGAAGGAGUAUAUUUAUGAGCCAUGGACUGCUCCUUUAUCUGUACAGCAAAAAGCUAAAUGUGUUAUUGGAAUAGAUUAUCCAAAGCCAGUUGUUUCACAUGAAUCAGCUAGCAAAGACUGCCUCCAGAGAGUGGGUGAGGCUUAUGAGUUGAAUAAAAAGUUAAAUGGCAUGGUGAGCGAUGAAGAUUUAAGUGAACUAAAGAGGAAACUCGAAGCAGGAGAUAAGAAGAUGACUCUGGAGCAUAAACCCAAGAGGCUGAAGCAAACAUUAUUGAUUGAGUAUACUUGAAGCCAUUUGCAAAUUUAACAUAUACUUGAAGCCUUGUAGAUAUGCCGUUUUGUAGGAGUAUGAAUUUAUAUCCUCACUGCUAAUGCGAUAGUUUGGAGACGAUUUGCAUGACUUCGCCCUAUUUAAAAAAAAAUGAAGCCAUAU